GAACACCGUUUUCGCCGGUUCGCUUUCAUUGGUGUUAGUAUUGAUAUUUUCUGCGUUAGCUAGCAGUUGUCUGUCUCCCUUAUAUUAUUCCAAAAACCAAACCCAAACCCAAACUCAAACCCUAGGGUUGCGCUUCAUUACUCUAUAUCCGUCCCUCUUUCACUUAUCCUAGAUAAAAUCCGCACUCUCUCUGUGUCCCUGUGUAAUUUCUAUUUGGAUUUCUAAUUUCUAGUAUCGACAUAUCACGAUCUGCUGCGGGAAUAUCUUUUCGAUGGAGGAUUGGGAGGACGAACAAAUUCCACCUCUCAUUUUAAAGGAGCAGCCUAAAAGUAAAUGGGAUGAUGAAGAUGUGGAUGACAAUGACGUGAAGGAAUCAUGGGAGGAUGAAGAUGAACCAGCUCCGGAACCUGUAGCAAAACCCCCUCCAGAAAAGGCCACUAAGAAACCUGUGACAAAGUCUAUAGAAAAGAAAGGCAAAACUGUUGUAGCGAAAGAAGAGUCCCAACCACUAGAUCCUGUUGCUGAGAAACUUCGCCAACAAAGGCUAGUGGAAGAAGCUGAUUACAGGUCUACUACAGAACUCUUUGGGAAGAGAGGAGAUGAGAAGACACUUGAUAAUUUUAUUCCCAAAUCUGAGAGUGACUUCUUGGAAUAUGCAGAACUUGUUUCUCAUAAGCUUCGUCCAUAUGAGAAAAGCUUUCACUAUAUUGGAUUACUUAAGGCAGUAAUGAGACUGUCAAUGACUGCUAUGAAAGCAGCAGAUGCAAAAGAUGUUGCAUCUUCUGUAACUGCUAUUGCAAAUGAAAAGCUGAAAGCGGAAAAAGAAGCCAAUGCUGGUAAAAAGAAAGGUGGAAAGAAAAAACAGCUCCAUGUGGACAAGCCUGACGAGGAUUUGGUGGUUGAUAGCUAUGAUGCGCUUGAUGAUUAUGACUUCAUGUGAAGAAUAAUCUAUUUUGGAGAUAGGUUUUAUUUUUGCGUUAGGCGCCGGCUGUUUUAUUAUAUGCAACUUUUUACACCAUGUUUGAUUUUGUGCUGUAAACUAUCUGAGGGACAACCUGAAUUUUCAUCCAUCUUUGGUGGUUUGUUUAAACCUUGAAGUUACAUGAAAUGAUUUCAUAUUCAUUAACUGGUGCAAAUUAUUGAAAUAAAAAAAAGUGAUUGUCCGAA